AUAUUCUAACUUACGCCAUCUCUCUCUCCGCUGAACCCGUAAACCCCAAAAAUACUUAAAAAAAAAUUAACACAUAAUCAAAUAUUUUGACAAAAUCUAGAAUACCAAAUCCAACACCAACUCCUACUCCAAAUUUAAGAAGUAGAAACAAGAUUGAAAAUCUCCUGUUUAUACACACUCAAACAAAAUCAAGUCUUGUUUUUAAAUUAUUUUACUAUAAAAGUGUUUAAUGAAGCGGGGUUUUCCACGGCUCAGCUUUCAAUUUUCAAAUCAUCUAAAUUAAUUAAGCUUAACUUUACUCAGUUUAUCUCUUCUAUUUGGAUUUUUUCUCCUCUCUAAAAGACAGAAAUUUCUGCUCAUGUCUGUAAGAUUACAGUGCCUUAAAUUUCUUUUAAUGGGUUCGUAGCUUCAUUUUAUAUAAUACUCUCUCUAUUUAUUUUCUGGGUUCUUCUUCUUCUUCUUCACCUCUUUGAAGCUCAACAAUGGCAGAAUAUAUUUGUUUAUUUAACAAGGAGGCAAUAAUCAUAAAGGCUCCGAAAAAGUCUCCAAUUUUGUUGAGGAUGAUAGUUUUAGUGAUUGCUAUGGUCUGUGGUGUGUACAUUUGCUCAGUCUGUAUGAAACAGAUUAGCACCAAUAGCAAUAUCAAAAUUGAAGACAUUCAAGUUAUUGAAAGACCUUCCGAAUACGAGCCGAAACAAAUGCAGAUUCCUGUUGUGCAUUACCCUCAUCCUGAAACUUUUAAUAGGAGCGAAUGUGGGCGGAAUCCGGUGAGAUACUUUGCGAUUUUGUCUAUGCAGAGAUCGGGGAGUGGUUGGUUUGAGACAUUGUUGAAUAGUCAUGUUAAUGUUAGCUCGAACGGAGAAAUAUUUUCGGUUUUGGAUAGGCGGAGGAAUGUUUCGUCGAUUAUUAAGACUCUAGAUAAAGUUUACAAUUUGGAUUGGUUUACUAGUGCUUCGAAGAACGAAUGCUCGGGAGCAGUCGGCUUCAAGUGGAUGCUUAAUCAGGGAUUAAUGGAGCACCAUGAAGCAAUUGUAGACUACUUCAACAGCAAGGGCGUAUCUGCAAUAUUUUUGUUCCGUAGAAACCUGUUGCGCCGAAUGGUUUCAGUUCAUGCAAAUUCAUAUGAUCGGCAUGCUAAGUUAUUGAAUGGAACUCACAAGUCUCAUGUUCAUUCAGUAGAAGAGGCUGAGACACUUGCAAGAUACAAGCCUACGAUAGAUUCCUCGUUGCUGAUAUCUGAUUUAAAGAAUUCAGAAAUAUCAGCUGCCCGGGCUUUAGAGUACUUCAAUAACACUAGGCACAUCAUUUUGUACUAUGAGGAUCUCGUUAAAAACCACACAAAACUCGAGGAUGUUCAAGAAUUUCUGAGGCUUCCGCUGAUGGAGUUAACUAGCCGUCAGGUCAAAAUACAUAAAGGUCCAUUGUCUGACCAUGUUAUGAAUUGGGAAGAUGUUAACAAGACCCUAACUGGAACUGCGUACGAGACUUUCCUCCAAGCUGACUACUGAAUAGCAAUUCCACUAACUUGCUGAACGGAACGGUGCGUGUGAAUACAGUUUUAACUAAUUUGUCACAAGUGAUGCUGGGGACACAAUGAACUUAAGCCCGCAAACUGGGUGCAAGUUCGAGUCUUACGAGUAGCAACUCAAUGUAAAAUUCCGAGAGGACAGGGAUAUGCUUCCUCUCGGAGCUGUAUUUGGUCUAACCAUAACUAGGUAAUGACCAAGCUGACGAGAUGUUUCUCAUACAUAACUUUUGACAGUAGAGUUAGUGUGCAUGUCUUGUUUGUGUGCUCAACUUUCCAUUGAGCUGCAAUCUCGAGUUUUUGAUUGAUCAUAUGGACAUCGUGUAUAUUUCGGGUUAUUAUUCCACGCAAAUGUGUGAAAGUAUUUCAUUGCAUCUAA